GGUUAUGAUAUAAUCAACUUUGAACCUGAGGGGAAAUAGCCUACUUUCAUCUAAGUUGAUUCUUGGAUACAGAAAUUUACCGAACAACUUCGGAAGUUGUUCGUCCAUUUAGACGCUGCUGCCGUUGUCUUCAUGUUCAUCGCAUAGACAGCGUUGCCGUUGUCAUCAUUCUAUUAAAUCCUAGGAAUCGGAUCAGGUAUUUGUUCUUGUAGCAUAGGUGGAAUAUGCAGCAUCGUUGUCGUCGAAGAAAGGCCACAUGCUUUUGGAGCCACCGGAAAGCUACAUCUCUCUACCUAGCUGCAAGGAAGAAGAACAAGGAAGUAGAAAAAGCGCCACCUUCUUAAGGGAGCACUAUUGUAUGCAUAGGGGUAAGGCUGUCCCAUCAUGUGGAGCCCCGCUUAAUGCGAGAGUGAAUGAGUAAGUGCAUCCAAAACCAAAGCCAGUGUAAUAUAAGCGUCGGAGCAUACAUUGCAUCAGCGUAGGUAUGAAGUAAUCCGAUUGUGAAAGAACGAAAAAUCAUCUCGAAGAAUACAGCCAAUUUAAUUAGAUUUAGAACAAGAAAAAUAGCAAACUUGAACCUCAGUACGAAUACGCACUAUGACAGCAGCACAGGGACGGAGGCAAAACGACCAAGCGUCAACCGAUUCAAUUAUAGAGGUAUCUAGGUAACUUAUGCAAAUGCAAAAAACAACCGAGCACACUCAUUGAGCAAAGUGUAGAUCUUUGGGAUUGGGUAUUUUGGGUGCUGGGUCUCUAGAAGAU